AGAUGCGAACCAAUAGUCCAAUUUAACCCAAAAUCACUAUCAAGAGCUGAUGAGCUAGCUAACGAAAUUUCGAUACGAGCUCAAUUUGUACUAGGUAUAAGAUCCUGCUCUUCAUACAAGCUACAUAGUACUUUUAGCCCCUUUAAAAACACAUCUGAAUGGGUCGAAUAGUAGUCAACUAACCCAAAAAUGACAAUCCAAAACUGAAAAAAUUUCGAUACGAGCUCAACUUCUAAGCCCUUAGAUUUCAAAACACAUCUGAAUGUCUCGAGAUCCGGACCAAAAAUCACAUUCAAAACUGAAAACAGGUCAACUGUACCAAUAGCUCAAAAAUGAAGAUCUGCAGCUGACAGAAUUACAAGCUCAACUUCAAUAAAAGAGCUAGUAAUAAACCAAAAAUCACGAGAUCCGGGGCUGACGGAAUUCUGAUACGAGCUCAACUUCUGGUACCUUGGGUAAGUUGUUUGAUCUUGCUCGCAAUUUUUAUUGCAUUAGAAAAAAUGGUGAAGAAAAAUUCAAGCGAAUCUGGUAACGAGAAGAAGAACAAAUCUGAGGAGAAUAACAAUGUUUUUGGGGGGAAAGGUAUUCAUUUUCUUGGAAAAUCGAUAUCAGAAAUGGAAAUCCCAUCGGGCUGUCAGGAGUUGACUCUUAGCUAUCUUUGUGAAAGUUCCAAAAUGGGGUUUGGAGAGAGAGAUGUUUUCGUGGAUAAAGGUAAACAAGUGAUGGAGGAAGACAGAUGUAUCGUAGUUGAAAGGGACUUUCUUCAGAUGAAUGAGAUUACUAGAGGGAAUGAGAAUUCAGCAUCUAAACGUGAUGCUGAGGACGAGGGCAAAAAUAGGGAAAAGAAGGCAAAGAUAGAAGCCCUUAACCUUACUUUAGCAUUGCCUGAUGUGUCGUUGUCAGUGGCCGCGGGGUCAAAUAAUAAUGGGUUGUGGCCUAGUAGGAGUGUAGAGUCAUUAGAACCAUCACAGAUUCGUUCAAAUGAUGUGUCGUUGUCGUGCUCUUAUUAUUCCAGACCUUUUUCGCACAAUCCUAGUUGCUCGUUUACCCGGAAUUCAACAGAUUAUUGUUCUGAUCAGAUAUGGAAUUGUGGAGGAGAAGGAACUAAUGGCUCAGUUCAUAGCCGGUUUAGGCCAAUUGGAGAUGGAGCUGUUGCAGCAGCAUUUGCGAAUAACAGUUUUGCUCUUGGUGGCACCCUUAACAGGAGGACGGAAAGCUCAGAUAACGUUUCAUUUUUUCCAUCGGAGUUGCCAGCAAGACCAAGAAUUGAUGUUGAUGGUCAAGAUUCGGGAAGUCUAAGAGGUUUGGAGAGUAAAGAUGGUGGAGGGUAUCGUAAGAUAUCUAGGCCGGAGAGAAUCCUUAGAGAAGUAGUGGCUGAAUCAAUUCCGCUUAUGGCUCAGAUUAUGCAAGAGCUUCCUGAUGAAGCAGUCGAAUCGACGAAGGACUACUUGAGGAGCCUAAUCGCAACACCUGAAAGAAAAGACGAGUUACUUCUCCUUCAGAACAGGCUAAAUAGGAGAUGUGAUCUUACGAACGAGACUCUCUCGAAGUGUCACGCCACUCAACUGGAGUUUAUGGUUGCGAUAAAGUUGGGUCUUAGAAGCUUCUUAGCUAGCAAGAAAAAAUCCGUUCCAACAACUGAAUUGGUGGAAAUUUUCUUACUUGAAAGGUGUCGAAACAUAAACUGCAUGAGGGUUUUGCCUGUCGAGGAUUGUGAAUGCAAGAUAUGUUCGACAAACAAGGGGUUCUGCAGUGAAUGCAUGUGUCCACUAUGUUUGAACUUCGAUUGUGCAAAUAAUACUUGCAGUUGGGUAGGGUGUGACGCUUGCUCACACUGGUGUCACGCUGUUUGUGGUAUUCAGCGGAAUCUCAUAAAGCCAGGUCCAACGGAAAUGCAGUUUUACUGUAUAGGUUGUGGACAUGCAUCUGAAAUGUUUGGAUUCGUUAAAGAUGUCUUUACGUCUUGUGCUAAAGACUGGGGUGAAGAAACGUUGAUUAAAGAGCUUGAUUGUGUUCGUAAAAUCUUCCAAGGGAGUCGAGAUUUUAAAGGCAAGGAGUUGCACUUUAAGGCCGAUGAAUUGCGUAGCAAGCUGGAGAAAAAGAUGAUUUCUCCUUCAGAUGUCUGCAAUUUCAUCUUCCAUUUUUUCGAUUACACAGAAGGCCUGUCGGAGUUCCCUUCAUCCACUUUUCCUGAUGAAGACUUUAGUAGUCAAGCUGUUCGAAAAAGAGACGUCGUUUCUCUUCAUGCAUCUACCUCUCCUGCUCCCAAAUCUUCCCUCUACAACAUAAGCACUUCAAGCGGAAGAAAAGGUAUGACUUUCAUUGAGCAUCAACGGAAAGAUGUUAAGGCUUCCUUGUUGCCUGAAAAAAUGGUUGAAGAUGAAUGGUCUGUGAAGCGACUAAAGAAGGAUGAGCUUGAUAGCUUGGAAAGCAUUGUGCGGAUCAAAGAAGCAGAAGCAGGGAUGUUUCAGAACCGAGCAGAUGAUGCUCGUAGAGAGGCAGAGAGUUUUAGACGGGUGGCUAGAAUGAAAAUUGAGAAAUUGGACGAUGAGUAUUCAGUAAAACUUGCUAGACUCCGCUUGCAGGAGACCGAGGAAAGGAGAAGGAAAACGUUGGAAGAGCUGAAAGUGUUGGAGGAUUCACAUUGUGAUUACUACAAGAUGAAGAUGAGAAUGGAAUCUGAGAUUACUGGCUUGCUGAAAAGAAUGGAAGCAACUAAGCAGCUGUGGGUUUAACUGCAAAAAAUUUGACUCUUUUAUGUAGUGAUGACUAUCUUGUUUUUGUUUCUUGUAGUGAUGAAGAUAUUUCAAUCUUUUUAAUGUGUGAUGUGAUGAUCUAAAUAGAUAAAGCACAUUUUUUAAAUGUUUAA